UAAGGCAUCUUUGGGUGGAUCCAAUCAAUCUUAAGUGACGAAGACAUUCGAACUUGUGAAACAGGAAUUGAGGGUUAAAAGAGUAAACACGGACUUGCAGGUACUGAAAUGACCGCUAUGGAUGAACUGCCUCUGGUUCUUGUCCAUGUCUUGCCGCCAUUCGAGAUCCCGUUCAAGGGCCGACUUCAGAGUCGAUUCCAACUCAUCGACUCCUCCGAUUCAACUUUCUCCCCACACGCCAGCGUCCUGCUCUGUGUUGGCCCCGCUCCGGUCAGUUCCGACACCCUCCGCCACCUCCCCUCUCUCCAGUGCAUCGUCGGCUCAAGCGCCGGCGUAGACCAUAUUGACCUAGAGGAGUGCCGCCGCCGCGGCAUCACUGUCACCAAUGCUGGCUCCUCCUUCUGCGAGGACGGCGCUGAUUUCGCCAUCGGGCUUCUGAUCGAUGUUCUCCGACGGAUAUCGGCCGCCGAUCGGUACGUUCGAGCCGGUUUGUGGCCGAUGAAGGGAGAUUACCCACUAGGUUCCAAGUUAGGGGGAAAGCGAGUUGGAAUUGUUGGACUGGGGAAAAUUGGCUCCGAAAUUGCCAAAAGGCUCGUGGCAUUUGGCUGCAGAAUCGCCUACAACUCCAGGAAUAAAAAGUCAUCAGUUUCAUUCCCAUACUAUGCAAAUAUUUGCAACCUUGCUGCUAAUAGUGACAUACUCAUUAUUUGUUGUGCCUUGACUAAGGAAACUCACCACUUGAUUGACAAGGAUGUCAUGACAGCAUUGGGAAAGGAAGGAGUCAUCAUCAAUGUUGGUCGCGGGGGUCUCAUCAAUGAAAAGGAAUUGGUGCAGUGUCUUGUGCAAGGUCAAAUUAGAGGUGCUGGUCUUGAUGUGUUUGAGAAUGAGCCUGAUGUGCCAAAAGAGCUAUUUGAAUUGGAGAAUGUUGUGCUAUCUCCACAUAAAGCUAUUGCGACCCUAGAGUCCUUAGCAUCAUUGCAAGAGCUGAUCGUGGGCAACUUGGAGGCAUUCUUCUCUAAUAAACCUUUGCUUUCCCCAAUAAACCUUGACUAAACAGCUUAUUUUUUCUUGGACCCUGGAGGAUUAUCUCUACUUCCAUGUUGACGAACAGGUUGGCUCCUUGCUUCCAAUAAAGAUCUCACGUUUAAUUUGGGAUCAUGUUGAAAAUUACCAUAUUAAUUCUUGAAUCCUCACAAAAAAUGGAGUUGCUAA